AGCUUGUUGUAUCUCUGAACUCUCUUCAGUCUUGAUCACACUCUCCUUCACUAACGCUCCACUAUGAAGCUGGAUUUAAGCCUCUUUUAUUUAUUUUUCUGCUGCGUCAAAGUUUCUCUGCUUCUCAAUUCUUGUCCGACUCAGUGUCAGUGUGACCACGAUGUCCUGAGCGUUUCCUGUUAUGGAGCUCAAUUCCUGCCGAGUUUCUCCCUCAGCACUCAGGAGGUGUCGCUCAUGGGGACAAAACUUUCUUCGAUACCUGAAAAUGCUUUUUCCUAUUUGACAAACAUUUCUCAGAUAUUGAUCUCUGAAGAUGACACUUUACGAUUUCUUCAGAAACAUUCUUUUUACAACCUGUCCCGACUAACACACGUACAACUGACUGGACUGAAAGAACUGUCCCAUAUCGAUCAGGAGGCGUUUAAGGACCUGCCUAAUCUAAAGUAUCUAGCGAUCAUUAACACAGGCCUCACCUCUUUUCCCGAGCUUCAGUAUAUUCAAUCCAUCCAGGAGGAUUUCAUGUUAGAGAUCGUCGAGAACGUCUUCUUACAGCUGAUUCCUGCAAAUUCAUUCACUGGAAUAUCAGAACAUCCUCUCACUAUAAUGCUAAACAGCAAUGGGGUGAAAGAGAUCCAGCGUUUCGCCUUUAAUGGGAGCCGCCUGGAGGAAGUGUAUCUUCACAGGAACAUGGAACUGAAACAUAUCGAUGAAUUUGCUUUUCAUGGCGUCAUUCAUGGCCCAACUCACCUAGACCUUUCAGAAACCAAAGUGAGCUCUCUACCCUCAGUAGGAAUGGACAGCAUUGAAAAGCUGCAGGCUAAAAACACUUGGAGCCUGAAAGCUCUGCCCCCCCUCAGAGCCUUCGUCCACUUACAGAGCGCUGAGUUAACCUUCCCGAGCCACUGCUGCGGCCUCACAAUGCUGAAAAGAUGGAGGGGAGACCUUGAGGCAAUAAUCUGCAACCUGAGCUGGACAGAUUUUGGAAACCUGCAGGAGUUCUCGUCAGCUGUCUCUCCGAGAAAAGAUGGACAGAAGAUUAAUGAACGUGUGACAGAUAUCUUUGGACUCCCAGCCAUCAGAAGCACCAAUUACAGCCAUCACAACAGUCGUUUUUGUCCAUAUAAGGCAUCUCAAGGCGAGGGUUUGUUUUAUGUGGAGUUACCAACUGAUCAUCUUAGUAGUGAAGGUUUUGACUUUUCACUUUGUAAUGAACAUCACAAAGACAGCGUCUCCUGCAACCCCCUCCCUGAUGCCCUGAACCCUUGUGAGGACGUGAUGAGUCAAGGUUUUCUUAGGGUGCUGGUCUGGGUCGUCAGUCUAUCAGCCAUCUUAACCAACCUGCUGGUGAUGUUCAUCCUGCUCACUAGCCGACAGAAGCUGUCUGUCACUCGUUUCCUCAUGGGUCAGCUGGCAUUUGCAGAUUUUUGUAUGGGGAUGUACUUACUGCUCAUUGCAUCUGUGGACGUCUACACGCGAUCCCAUUACUACCAUUAUGCCAUUGCUUGGCAAACAGGAGGUGGCUGUAACCUAGCCGGGACUUUAUCCGUGUUUGCUAGCGAGUUAUCAGUGUACACAUUGACUUUGAUCAGCCUUCAACGCUGGCAUGCCAUCUUCUACGCAAUGAGGCCUAACAGAAAGAUUCGGUUCCGACAUGCAGUGGUGCUGAGUGUGGUCGGCUGGUUGCUUUCUGUGACCCUGGCCCUGCUUCCUGUUGUUGGCGUGAGCAGUUACCAGAGAGUGAGCAUCUGUUUGCCCAUGGACACUGAGACUACCGCUUCUCAGGCUUAUGUUGUUUCUGUCCUCAUUACUAAUAUCAUUGCUUUCAUGGUGGUGUGUCUUUGUUACCUGCACAUCUACUUUAUGGUGCACAAUCCUCAGCACCUGUCUAGCAGGUAUGACACCAGCAUGGCUAAACGCAUGGCUGUCCUUGUUUUCACCAACUUCCUGUGUCUGGUUCCCAUCUGCUUCUGUGGUUUGUCUGCAGCUCUCUACCAACCACUGAUGACUGUCACAGAUUCAAAGAUUCUGCUGGUGCUCUUCUAUCCUCUCAACUCUUGUGCCCACCCUUUUUUUUACGCUAUCCUGACAAAGGCAUUUCAUCAAGAUAUGCUGAUGUUGCUGAGUCGGCUGGGUCUGUGCCAGAAGAAAGCUCACUCCUAUCGCAGCCAAUAUUUCCCUCCACUUAUAGAGAGACAACAUCUGCCCCUACAGUCUAGCCCCCACACCCAAAAUCAUCCUUGUAAAGGAAUUACAGGCUACAUGAUGCACGAAAAUGACACAGCACAUCAUGGCCUCUCAAAAUGAUUGCUCCAUUAACUUCUUGUGUCAGUGUACCAAAAGAUGUCAGAUUUUUGUUUAGGUCCAAAAAUAUUCAUAUAUGCUAAUCAGCAGGUAAUCACACCAUGAGAUUAGGGUCCCCUAACAGUAUUUUAUAAACAAGCUUUCCCACAAUCAUGCCCACUUUUCAUAGUGUUUGGUUAGGGUUAGAGCAAACUGACACUUGACUUUCCUCCAGGAUUAAUACAGUUGUUUCUUAUCUCAUCUCUUAUUUUGAAUGCCAUUUAAAACACUGCAAUUUAAAGUUAUCAGUUCUGUACAAAAAAUGAUUUCACAGGUAAACAGAACUAAAACAAGGUUCUGGUUUUUCACUGAACUCAAACAACAUAAUUUUUUUUUUAUUUCCAAUAAAAAA